AGGGCCGCGCGGGCGGGGUCUCCGCGCUCCGGGAAGAUGGCGCCGUGGGGGCUGCGGUCCUCCGGGCUGCGCGGGCUCCGGCCGUCCCUGCUGCCGCCGCCGCCGCUGCUGCUGCUGCUGCUGCUGCUGCUGCCGCUGCUGCUCGUGCCCCAGCCCGCGGCCAGCCAUGGCGGCAAGUACUCGCGGGAGAAGAACGAGCCCCAGCGCGAGCCCGGGGAGGAGUUCCGCAUGGAGAAGAUGAACCAGCUGUGGGAGAAGGCCCGGCGGCAGCUUCAGCUCUCUCCUGUGAAACUGGCUGAGCUCCACGCUGACCUGAAGAUACAAGAAAGAGACGAACUCAACUGGAAGAAACUGAAGGUGGAAGGCUUAGACGAGGAUGGGGAGAAAGAGGCAAAGCUCAUCCACAACCUCAAUGUGAUCCUGGCCAGGUACGGGCUGGACGGGAGGAAGGAUGCCCAGAUGGUGCACAGCAACUCCAUCAGUGACGCGACCCAGGAGGACGGGCUGGGCGACCCGAGGCUGGAGAAGCUGUGGCACAAGGCAAAGACCUCGGGGAAAUUCUCCAGCGAAGAACUGGACAAGCUAUGGCGGGAGUUUCUGCACCACAAGGAGAAGGUUCACGAGUACAAUGUGCUGCUGGAGACCCUGAGCAGAGCAGAAGAGAGCCACGAGAACGUCAUCAGCCCUUCGGAUCUGGGCCACGUCAAGAAGGAGGUGUACAGCAAGCACAGCGAGCUGAAGGACAAGCUCCGGAGCAUCAACCAGGGCCUGGACCGCCUCCGGAGGGUCAGCCACCAGGGCUACAGCCCCACGGCGGAGUUCGAGGAGCCCCGAGUGAUCGAUCUGUGGGACCUGGCCCAGUCCGCCAACUUCACCGAGAAGGAGCUGGAAUCAUUCCGGGAGGAGCUUAAGCACUUUGAAGCCAAAAUCGAGAAGCACAACCACUACCAGAAGCAGCUGGAGAUUUCCCACGAGAAACUGAGGCACGUGGAGGGCAUCGGUGACCAGGAGCACAUCAACCGCAACAAGGAGAAGUACGCGCUGCUGGAGGGGAGGACCAAGGAGCUGGGCUACAAGGUGAAGAAGCAUCUGCAGGACCUGUCCAGCCGGGUCUCGAGGGCACGGCACAAUGAGCUCUGAGGACCGGAGCUGCCACUCAGGAGGCCCAGUGAGACUCUCAAGCACUGCCAGGGAUGCACCGGCGUCUGCGGGGAUGACGGCCAGGCCGCGCCCUCACCACGGCAGAGAACAGUUCUCCCCACACCCAUCGAAGCAUGUCUCGGACCGUGCCCCGGUCCGGCCUCCGGCUGGUGGAACUUCCUUGUUCUCCAACCUGGAUGGAGCGCAGUGCCAAUGAGACAGGACGGUCCCCCACACGCCAUCCCCACGCUCUGCCACUGGAGACGUUACUUAAAGAUGUCCUUAAAGUACA